AUGGCGGAUCCUCAAUUCAACGUGAGUCACGGCAUUAACCUCAUCGUUGGUGCUGAGCUGUUCUCGAUCCUGCUGCUAGCGGAGAAAAUUUCGUUCAAUGACAACCUUCCGGUUCUACAGAAGACCACCCUUCAAUACAAAGUUCCUACCAGCACACCCGCUCAAAUUACGUGUCUGGUGUCCAUUCUUGGCAGCCUAGUCACUCAAGUGAAGAGAUUCUGGAAAGUGGAAGACUUCGACCACGGCAAGACGUUCACGGCCGAAGAACAAUUAUGUGAAGCUCAAUUUGCCAAAACCCACACCCGCAACGCUGAGGGACGCUAUGUGGUCCGUCUACCAGAUCGCCAAGAGAUGGUACCUCUCAUCGGGGAGACAUGGUCAAUGGCCGCUCGAAGACUCACCGCUGUGGAGAAACGCUUUCGGAACGAAAAUGCUCUUCAUACAAGCUACGUGCAGUUCAUGGACGAGAACCAACAGCUCGGGCAUAUGGAGAAGAUUAAGACGCCCGUCGCAUUGCCCCAGUUUUUCUUGCACCAUCACGCAAUUCAUCGUCUCGAUUCAUCUACAACCAAUAUAAGAGUCGUGUUCAACGGCUAG